CCCUUUCCCUUCUCUCGCUCCCUGCCCAGCCCUCCUUCCCUCCCUCCUCCCCUCCCUGCAGCCUCCUUCCCGGAGCGGCCGCGGUCGCUGCCGCCCGUCGCCGCCGCCGCGGGCGCCCACCCUCCCCUCCCGGCCCCGCCCCGCCGUGAGCCCGGCCGGCAGCGCCUCCGGUUUCCGCGGCUGCCCCAUGAGGCGAUGGCAGCGGCCAACUUCGGCAAGAUCCAGAUAGGGAUCUACGUGGAGAUCAAGCGCAGCGAUGGCCGAAUUCACCAAGCGAUGGUAACAUCCCUGAAUGAAGAUAAUGAAAGCGUAACUGUUGAAUGGAUUGAAAAUGGGGAUACAAAAGGCAAAGAGAUUGACUUGGAGAGCAUAUUUUCACUUAAUCCAGAUCUUACUUCUGAUGAAGAUACUGAACUUGUUUCAGACACAGCACCACCACCUACUCCACCAGCCAAAGUAAACAAAAUAGUGAAGAGUCGACGAACUGUGGCUCCUGUUAAGAAUGAUGCCCCUUCCAGAGACAACAGAGUGACUGGUUCUGCACGUGCUCGACCUACUCAGCUUCCUGAGCAGCCUUCCUCCUCUCAACAAAAUGGUACUGUUUCAGAUAUAUCUCCAGUUCAAGCUGCAAAAAAGGAAUUUGGACCCCCUUCACGAAGAAAAUCUAAUUGUGUAAAAGAGGUUGAAAAGUUACAAGAGAAACGUGAAAAAAGAAGGUUACAGCAGCAGGAACUUAGAGAAAAAAGAGCUCAGGAUGUUGAUGCUACAAAUCCCAAUUAUGAAAUUAUGUGUAUGAUAAGAGAUUUCAGGGCAAGUUUGGAUUAUAGACCACUGACAACUGCAGAUCCUAUUGAUGAGCACAGAAUAUGUGUUUGUGUACGAAAACGACCACUCAAUAAAAAAGAAAAUGUAAUGAAAGACCUUGAUGUAAUAACAAUUCCUAGUAAAGAUGUUGUGAUGGUACAUGAACCAAAACAAAAGGUGGACUUAACGAGGUACCUAGAAAACCAAACUUUUCGUUUUGAUUAUGCCUUUGAUGACACGGCUCCCAAUGAAAUGGUUUACAGGUUUACCGCUCGACCAUUAGUGGAGACUAUAUUUGAGAGAGGAAUGGCCACUUGUUUUGCUUAUGGACAAACAGGCAGUGGAAAAACUCACACUAUGGGUGGUGACUUUUCGGGAAAGAACCAGGAUUGUUCUAAGGGGAUAUAUGCACUUGCAGCUCGAGAUGUCUUUUUAAUGCUAAAGAAGCCAAACUAUAAGAAGUUAGAACUUCAAGUAUAUGCAACAUUUUUUGAGAUCUACAGUGGUAAGGUUUUUGACUUGUUGAACAGGAAGACAAAAUUAAGAGUGUUAGAAGAUGGUAAACAGCAAGUCCAGGUCGUGGGAUUACAGGAACGGGAAGUCAAAUGCGUUGAAGAUGUUCUUAAGCUUAUUGAAGUAGGCAACAGCUGCAGGACAUCUGGCCAGACAUCUGCAAAUGCACACUCAUCUCGAAGCCAUGCAGUCUUUCAGAUUAUUCUCAGAAGGAAAGGGAAAUUGCACGGUAAAUUUUCUCUGAUUGAUUUGGCUGGCAAUGAAAGAGGAGCAGAUACGUCCAGUGCAGACAGGCAGACGCGACUGGAAGGUGCGGAAAUUAACAAGAGCCUUUUAGCACUUAAGGAGUGCAUUAGAGCCUUAGGCCGAAAUAAACCUCAUACACCCUUCAGAGCAAGUAAACUUACUCAGGUGCUAAGAGAUUCAUUCAUUGGUGAAAACUCCCGUACCUGUAUGAUCGCUACAAUUUCUCCGGGGAUGGCAUCAUGUGAAAACACUCUAAAUACACUGAGAUAUGCAAAUAGAGUAAAGGAAUUUGGAAUUAGUCCUUCGGACAUUCCCUUCUCACAGGGUAGUGGCAGUCGCUCUGAUCUAUCUCCUUCCUAUGAGUAUGACGACUUUUCUCCUUCAAUCACCAGGGUGAAGGAGCUGACAGUUGACCCUAGUGCCACAGGAGACAGCCGUCCCACUAUACACCAUGCUUCCAAUCAGAUUGAUGACUUGGAGACACAGUGGGCGGUGGGGAGCUCUCCUCAGAGAGAUGAUCUCAAACUGCUUUGUGAGCAAAAUGAAGAGGAAUUUUCUCCUCAAUUGUUUACUUUCCAUGAAGCUGUGUCACAAAUGGUAGAAAUGGAAGAGCAAGUAGUAGAAGACCACAGAGCUGUCUUCCAGGAAUCUAUUAGAUGGCUGGAAGAAGAAAAAGCUCUUCUUGAGAUGACAGAAGAAGUAGACUAUGAUGUGGAUUCUUAUUCUACCCAACUUGAAGCAAUUCUAGAGCAAAAAAUUGAUAUCCUGACUGAACUUAGAGAUAAAGUGAAAUCUUUCCGGGCAGCUCUGCAAGAGGAAGAACAGGCCAGUAAACAGAUCAACCUGAAAAGACCACGUGCCCUUUGAAAUGGGCCUUUGCUGCUAAAGGAAUCCACAAACCUGUACUGCUGUAGCACACAUUUGUUACAAAACCCAGUGGCCGUAAGAACUGAACUACUUGAAAGUGUAAAGAAGUAAAAAUGUCUGUGGAAAUGUCCUGUUUCUCAUUCACCUGAAUUACAUUUUUAGUUUUGUGUGAAAUGCUCCUAUGAUGUCUACAAAAUGCUUCUAGACCAGACAGCACAACCAUGCAGGGUUCAGAUCUGUGAAGCACUUUGUUUAAAAAAUUUCAUUUAUUCAAAUUGUGAAUUUUAUGUUUGGGAAUAUUUGCCAUGUUUUUUGAUAAUGAAGUAAAACUGUGCCCAUUAAAAAGUCACAGUAUUUCCUUUUGCCUAUGUUCAGUUUUGUUACAGAGACCAGUUGUGCAGUUUUAAAUUGUGUUUGCUUGCAUGCACACCUCACUAGUGGUUGUAUCUAACUCCUUCAGAGAGCUGUGCUCACCUCUUCCCAUUCUGUGCCUUGACGAAGGCUACUUAACCCUAAGCAUCCCCUUUCUGAAGCACAGCCUUAAUGAACAACAUUCCUUAUUUGUCAAUAUAAAUUACUUUCAGUGUGUACAUUUUAAUGUGUUUUGAGACUUCAUUACACAGGAUGUGCCAUAUCAUUUGAACAGGAACUGCAAGAGCUGUUGUAGACAAACAGCUGGACAUUCCAUCCUCCUUGUAAAAAAGCUGAAAUCUAGAUUGAAUUGAAUACCAUAAAGAGUGGUUAUGUAAUUUUAACAUUUUUCUGUUAUUAAAAAAAAUAACCAGAACAAAAAAAAAAAAACAACCCACAAAAAUAUAAAUUAGUUGAUGUAUAAGAAAUGAUACUGUUUUAAGUACUGAGGAGAGUUGUAUCUUAGGACAAUGCGGAUGUACAGUAUGUGGUUUGGUAUGAAAAUACUGUCAGAGUAAAGGUAGAAUCUGACCUCUGUGAUGGGAUAACUGUCAAAGAUCAGGGAACCAGCUUAAAUACAUACAUAUUGGCCUUUCACAUACUGUUAAAAUUUGGCUUUUAAUGCAUGACAAACUUACAUGUACAUUAACGGUAGUUUGCAGGUAGUUUGAGUAGAUCUGUUGCUUUAAAAAGUAGGUAAUACCUAUUUUUCCUUUUGUACAGUGCCAGCAGCUGAAAAGUGGAGUGAAAUUGCAUAAUUUGGGGAUUUUACUUAAUACCUCUGCCAAGCGCUAAGAGAAAUAUCAGAAAUACCUGAGUUCUCACAAAUGGCGCUGUAUAUAUCAGCACUUUUUAGGUGGUGGCACAUGCGAUUUUUGCAAGUCAAUAUCCAAAAAACAUUGACCUUUCAUGUAAGAACUUCUUUUCAAAUGAAGAAUUGUAGACCUCUCUAGGAGUUCUCUCCAUUUCCAGGAGUUUUUAUCAGCAGGCCUUCCCUUGGAACUGUAGAAAAAUUACUUCUGGAAUACAUGCCUGUUUAUUUGUGCCAGGCUGGGAGAGAAUAAAGGGAAGGCAAUGAAAAGAGUUAUAUGAGCCAGAAAUUCUUGUAGUGUUUAAUGUUUGUAUCUCCCAUAGCAAGGUAGGCUAUGGGAAUCUCUUGUUGCAUUAUGGUUAAAGAAAAUCCUCCUGUGUGUAAACAUGAAAACUAUGUAGAUUUUACAUAAUGUGUUUAAUAAAAUAAAGUAUUAAAUGAAUUAUAGAUGAGAA